AUGGAGGCACCCUUCGAUUUCAAGAUGAGAACCAUUCUCUGCCUGAACCGCAACCUUCCGUACGGCACCACCGGGCCGGACAUGGACUUCUUCGAAGCCGCGUUCGAGGGCGACCUCCCCCGCCUCAGGGAGAUGGCGAGCGGCAAGGACGCGGAAGAGAAAGCGCUGCUGGCGGACGUGUGCUUUGACGGCCUGGGCCCGCUCCAGGUGGCGGCGCGCAUGGGGAGGCUGGACGUCGUCAGGUACCUGGUGGAGGACCUCGGCUUCGACGUCAACCACGGAAGCGCCGGGUUUGGUUUGACAGCUUUGUCUUCUGCUGCAUUGGAUGGGAGACUGGACACUGUGAGAUACCUUCUGGACAACGGGGCUGAUCCAAAUCUGCAAGACGAACUUGGCGAAGUUCCUCUUCACUGUGCUGCAAAAUAUGGGCAUGACAAAGUAACAGAGCUGUUACUAUCUAGAGGAGCCAGUGUUGAUCUAACUUAUUUUCAUGCGACGCCACUACAUAUUGCUGCUGUCUACGGGAAGGCCAGUGUCAUGAAAAUUUUAUUGGAGCACCAUGCAGAUCCGAACAUGGUUUCAGAAGUUUUAGGUACACCAUUGGUUGCGACACUUCAUGCUACUAUGGAAGGACUUGAGGAAUGUAUUUCUUUGAAGUGUGUGAAGGUACUUGUUGAGGCAGGUGCUGAUGUGAAUUCUACUGAUCCUGACACUCCCUUAGUGGUCGCAACUACUCAUGGCUUGACUGACUGCAUUAAGUAUUUGUUGAAGGCUGGUGCAAAUGCUAACAUUCCAAAUAGUUGUUGUGGUGCUAUGCCAAUAGAAACUGCCGCAAGCUGUGGAAGAAGAAAGCAUGUGGAAAUGCUAUUUCCUUUCACUUCUCCCAUUCAAACUGUGUCAACAAGGACUGUUGAUGGAAUUAUUUCUCAUGUCAAAUCGUCAAAACAUUUGAAACAUUCAAAGCCCAAGGUUGGGCCAUAUGAUGAAAGCUCAAAAGUUAAGCUGAAAUUAGAUGGUGACAAGGCUGUUGGGAGAAAGAACUAUCCUGCUACAUCAAAGCUAUAUGGGGAGGCUGAGCAAUAUGAUAAAAGCAUGAAAGAUGAGCUGAAAUUAAAUGGUGACAAGGCUGUUGGGAGAAAGGAUUACCUUACCGCAUCAAAGCUCUAUGGCAAGGCAAUUGAGCUAGACCCAGCUGAUGCAACACUGUAUUCAAACAGGAGCUUGUGCCUUCUUCAAAUUGGCGAAGCAACAGAGGCUCUGUCCGAUGCCAAAACUUGCAUCAAGAUGCGACCUGAAUGGAUAAAAGGUUACUACAGGAAAGGAACUGCCCUCAUGUCACUCAAGGAGUACAAAGAAGCAUGUAAUGCGUUCAUGGCUGGGUUCAAGCUAGACCCUUCAAAUGCUGUGAUGGAGAGAAUGUUCUGGGAGGCAGCUGAGGCCAUGAAAAAGGACCAUGUUGGUACAAAGGACUUGGAGUCCAUCGAUUAG